AUGAGUGACUACUGGGACGGAUGUAAGGCAGAAGAAGUCCGAAAAUAUCAAGCUCAGUUGAAGGAGAAGGAACUUGAGAGGGCUGCCAAGAAGGCCAAGCGAGAGGCAGAGAAGAAGGCUGAAGAAGAGCGGCGAGCUGCUGCGGGGGAGGAAGCUCCGGAUCAAGAGAUGAAGCCUGCAGAGGAAGAAGAAGAGCCAGAUCAGCCAAUGCCGGAUCCUGCACUGGAGAAACCUCCAGUGGUCCAGUUGAACGAGGAAGAAAUCAAGAUGACCUUCCGCCCAACGGAGCAUCCAGAUUUGAGCGACUCGACUUUGAGUAGUUCUCUGAAUGACUUCACAUUGCCGGACAAGAGUGAGGGCUUUGAAUCUGUCACUUUCAGUUGGAACGCGAAGGCGAAGGCAGAAAGCUAUUUCAAGGAGUGGAAACUAAAAAAGAAGAUCACGACCAAACUCGAAGACCUCAAAGUUGGGGAGUGGUUUAAUCAACAAAGCAACUCCUGGAAGGAGCAAUUGCAGACAUGGAAAAAUCUUCAAGCAAUGUGGAAGGUAGAGGGGGUCAAGAAAGAGCAGGAGGAAGAACCAAAACCCAUGGUGAUGGACGCUCCAGCUGAUGCUACAGCACCUGCAGAAGGCAAUGGGGAAGCGUCGACUGAGGCACCACAGGACGAGGCUAUGCCGCCCGCAGAUGCCACGGAUGCUCCGGCAGCUCCGGCCGCUCCGGCUGCUCCCGCCGCACCGGCAGCGCCGGGCGUGGCUGAUGAAGACCUGGACGUCUUUGGCGUCAACGUGAAUGAUGUCAACGGCACUGGAGAGCCGCUGUGUAGCCUCUUUGCCCUGGAAGAUUGGGUUCUGCUCAUGCUGCGAGUGGAGUUCCACCUGAUGGCCCACUCAUUCAAAAAGGAUGUCACAGACCCAGAAAGGCCUGGCAUCCAUGUGGACAAUGUGCCCUACUACUACAACAAGUACUUCCGAAAGACUUUCUUAGCAAGCCAUUACGGAUUUGAAAGCAACGAGAAGGUUGUGGAGUUGCUGAAGGACACAGUCAGCUUGAACCAACAGAAAGUUUUGGUGCCGGAGUUGGACGAGGACCUGGACAACUUUGACCUGUUUUUGAAGCUCACAGAGGAGGGACGUCGUGAGCGAGAGCUGUUGAUUGAUCUUGGAGAAGACGAGGCCGUACUCAGAUUCAACCAUAGCGUGCUUGCGGCACUAGUCUAUGGCAACAUGGGAAAGGGCUAUUACACGAAAGGCCCAGGUAAAGGUCUAGAUCAGAAGGGCAAAGGCUUCCAGGGGAAAACGUGGCAGGGCAAAGGCUUCGACAAGGGCUAUGACAAGGGCUACGACAAGGGCUACGACAAGGGCUACGACAAGGGCUAUGGCGGUGGUGGCUCUUGGGGCAAGUCAGGUUGCGGAUGCAUGGGAGGCAAACCACAGCCCCAAGUAGAAUUUGAGCUGAAGGUCUUUGGCAAGGAUGGGUGGCAAGAAGGGCUUCAACAACUAUGGCAAGGGUUAUGGCAAGUGAGGGCAGCUUGUGACGCUCGAAAAUUUUGGGCUUAUACGGGGUCGGCCUCUCUGGUCAGACUGCAUUAUGCACACUUGGCAGUUCAAAA